GUGCUUUAUUCCGGCUGGCUCGACACUUGCACCCCAAAUCGCCUUACGGUUGUUUGGACUUCAGCGGGGUUUGUCUAUGUCUGUGGGAAUUUGUUUCGGGCAAAAGGCACGAAGAAAUAAGGACCAGAGGAUUUCUCAGCGCGGAUAUUUUGUCACAUCUGAAGACCCCAGGCUUUUGUUAUCAACCUAAAAGACAUACUUCGUCCCCCCUCCCCGGUCCUGUGAUACAGGUGUUGUUGCCGUCCUGUGACGGAUUUUUCCUCUCAGCUGACGGGUGUGAGGAGGAGAGGAAGCAAAGAUGCCGAAACCGAUCAACGUCCGUGUGACGACCAUGGAUGCAGAGUUGGAGUUUGCCAUCCAGCCAAACACCACAGGAAAACAGCUCUUUGAUCAGGUGGUGAAGACAGUGGGACUGCGGGAGGUUUGGUUCUUCGGCCUACAGUAUGUGGACAGUAAGGGCUACAGCACCUGGCUCAAACUCAAUAAGAAGGUGACCCAGCAGGAUGUGAAGAAAGAAAACCCUCUGCAGUUCAAGUUCAGAGCCAAGUUCUUCCCAGAGGAUGUCUCAGAGGAGCUAAUCCAAGAGAUCACCCAGAGACUCUUCUUCCUGCAGGUGAAGGAGGCCAUCCUAAACGAUGAGAACUACUGUCCCCCAGAGACAGCUGUGUUACUGGCAUCAUAUGCUGUCCAGGCCAAGUAUGGAGACUACAGCAAAGAUGUCCACAAGCCUGGGUACCUUACCCAUGACAGACUGCUGCCUCAGAGAGUCCUGGAGCAGCACAAGCUGACCAAGGAGCAGUGGGAGGACAGGAUACAAACUUGGCAUGAAGAACACAGAGGAAUGCUCAGAGAGGAUUCUAUGAUGGAGUAUCUUAAAAUCGCCCAGGACUUGGAGAUGUACGGAGUCAACUACUUUGAGAUCAAGAACAAGAAGGGAACACAGCUGUGGCUGGGCGUGGAUGCCCUUGGCCUCAACAUCUACGAACAUGAAGACAAGUUGACACCAAAGAUUGGCUUCCCCUGGAGUGAGAUUCGAAACAUCUCUUUCAAUGACAAGAAGUUUGUCAUCAAACCUAUUGACAAGAAAGCACCCGACUUUGUGUUUUAUGCCCCGCGACUGCGCAUCAACAAGCGAAUCUUGGCAUUGUGUAUGGGUAACCAUGAGUUGUACAUGAGGAGGAGAAAGCCCGAUACCAUUGAGGUGCAGCAGAUGAAGGCUCAGGCCCGGGAGGAGAAGCACCACAAACAGAUGGAAAGGGCCCAGCUGGAGAAUGAGAAGAAGAAGCGAGAGCAUGCGGAGAAAGAGAAGGAGAGGAUAGAGCGUGAGAAAGAAGAGCUCAUGGAGCGGCUGAAACAGAUUGAAGAACAGACGAUGAAAGCCCAGAAAGAGCUUGAGGAACAGACUCGUCGGGCCAUGGAACUGGAGCAGGAGAGACUGAGAGCGAAGGAGGAGGCUGAUAGGCUGGAGAGAGAAAGGAAAGCAGCUGAGGAGGCCAAGGCUGAGCUGGCAAAACAGGCUGAAGACCAACAGAAGAACCAGGAACAGCUGGCUUCUGAACUGGCUGAAUUCACAGCAAAGAUCGUUCUCCUGGAAGACGCCAAGAAGAAGAAAGAUGAUGAAGCCAUAGAAUGGCAGCAGAAGGCUCUGUCAGCCCAGGAGGACCUGGAGAAGACCAAGGAGGAGCUGAAGACUGCAAUGACAGUGGUGCCAGCUCCUCCGGGCGGCAACGCCGAGCACGACGAGCAGGAUGAGAACCACGCGGAGGCCAGUGCCGAGCUCUCCAACGAGGGAGUCAGCCAGCUAGACCUCCGCAGCGAGGAGGAACGCGUCACCGAAGCCCAGAAGAAUGAGCGGGUCAAGAAACAACUGCAGACAUUAAGUUCAGAGUUGGCCCAGGCCAGAGACGAAACCAAGAAGACACAGAACGAUGUCCUACACGCCGAGAACGUGAAAGCAGGCCGAGACAAAUACAAAACGCUGCGUCAGAUCCGACAGGGCAACACAAAGCAGCGCAUCGACGAGUUUGAGUCCAUGUGAGAACAGGUCCUUCGUCGAGGUCUUGUUCCCGAACUUUCCCCUCAGCGGCUGCUCGCUUUUCAUGGACAACAGAUGCUGCCGUCCUCGUAAUCCCAUCGAGUCCUCCUCAACACCCCCGCAAGUCCCAACCCAGGCAAUCUUGAGAAAUCAUCUUGUCAAACUUUGCCAAAGUCCAGUCUCACAUCUCCACUCGGAAACUUUCGGAUAUUUCCCUGAUAUGGAGCUGCCUACACGCCACUCUCACCAAGCAAGUUAUCAUUGUACUGCAGAGAUCAUUUGUAAUCUGUAAAUGCAGGGGGAAAGAAAAACUGUAAAACCAAAAUGGAAGCAAUUGGAUUGUUUUAUUUUGAGCAAACAUGGCCAUAGAAAGCUACUUUUGUUGUUGUCUUUUUUUUUUUUCUUUUUGUUUGUUUGUGCUUGACCACUUGUAUGCAAAGCUUCAGUAUGAUUCCACGUCUUCAGUUUAAGAUUACCUGUUCUCUCCUUGUUUUUAAGUUCUUCUCCUCUGCUUUUGUUUGACUCGUUUUAUUGAUAACGCCCUUCUUUUUAGUUGUCUGUUAUACACAUUGAGGCUGGGUCUAGUCCCAGGCUAUGAAUAAGGACUGUAGUUUGGGGAUAAAUUAGGUCGCUAUUUUCCUCCAACGUCCAAGCGCCGCUACGUUACAUCAUGUCAAAACAUAUCAUACACUAGAUAUGCUAAUACUCUUAGCAUCUGUGAGUCAUUAGAGAGAUGACCUGAUGUCAUUUCACUCCAUUUAAUCAAUUCAAUCAAUAGGUUUAUAUAAAAAAAAAAUUACACCACAGUAUUUUAAUAGUUAUAUUUCAGGCUGAAUAUCAAGAAUAGCUAUAUUUUCAGAUUUUGAAGAAAGUGAAUUGACCCCUCUAGGGAAAAGAGCCACCCAACUUGUCACACGGCAGGUUUUGAUGAUCGAAUGUAGCAAAGGUAACAAAGGGAAAGUGUAUUUUACAUGCAGAGGUAAUAGAAUAGCAUGUAAUGAGCUUUUGCCACUGAGCUAUCGCCCUCAAGCUUGAAAGUGUUAUGAAGAUAAGCUAAUUGGUAGUUGUGUAGCUGUGUGUCUUGUAUUCCAGUUGCAUCCGUGUUUCACACCCAGUCACUAUAGAUGGUUUUCUCUGCCUACCAGCUCACAGAGGAAUCCAGGGUAUUAAAUAGACAGACAGAGGAACAGUAAUGUGUCAAAGCUGUUUCUCUGUCUGUCUGUCAAACUGUGUAUGUGUGUGUGUGAGUGUGAGAGAGAGAGUGUGAUGUGUACAGAUGUGGAUGUGGAAGCUGAUGUCUGGCACCUCUCUGGCUGGGGAGCUUAUGAAAACAUCAGUCCCAACCCGGGACAAAUCUCUACCUCAGUAAUGUUAGAAGUGGUGACUGACAGUCAAACACUCAGGGUGCUCCCCCUCCUCCCUCCCUUACAAAAAAAAUAAAUAAUAAUAAUAAGGUCAUGCUUUUACUGGGUUGCUGUUACAUCCUUGGGCGGUGCUCCUGCGCAGGCUAUGUUUUGUCAGAGCUCAGUUGCUUUGUAGCUGUAUGUUGGGAAGGAUUGCAAGAGAAAACGUACCUCCGAAGUGAGAUCUAGGUCGAAAGGUGUUAAAUUCUUCCAUUUGAAGCUAGUGGUUUUCCCUGCUCCUGGCCUUGCUCAGAUAUUUAGAAUCAUUCAACAAAAAUCCCAAACAAUGAGGAAGAUGAAUUUAAACUAUGCUGCAAACAUGAGAAUGGAGAUGUAUACAGACCAUUUUCAGAAGAAGCUGGGUCACCCUGGUUCUCGGACGGGGUCCUGUGAAACGUUUGGGUUCCUAGGAGCCAUGAGUUGUUGGUGGUGACAGACCUCUUUUAAAAGAGGGCUUUCCUGUAAAAUAAAUUACAAAAGCCUUCAAAGUCUGCUUAGAACUUGUCUCCUGUUACAAUUUCACUUUAAGGAGACAGUUUGCAGACCUGCAAUCGGUUCUUGGGACUGAGAAACUUGUGAAUUGGUAAAGAAAUGAGUUAUUUGUAAUGUGAAGGGACCCUGCUACAGUGAUUUGUGCAAAUCUCUCCACAAUCAAAUGGAGAAUAGGCCAAUUUCUUCCCCUAAAAUCUUUAAAAAAAAAUCUCAUUUAACAUACUUUAUGUUCAGACAACAAAUCAACUCCACCUUUUGUGGGGUGGAAAACGUGUUCUAGGGUGCAUUUUUGAAAUGAGUGAACAUGAUGUUUUCCUUUUUUUUUUUUUUUUUUAUUAACAAUAUGAUGAAAAAUGUUUAUUGUAUUAUUUGUUAUGCUUUACUUGACAGCUGGUAUAGGUUAUUUUUUUUAAUAGUCAGAAUUUUAAAGUCAAAGCACUUGUUUGAAAUAAGACACUGAAAGCCUGCCUUUUGUGUUUAACUUCAGUGUCCAUUGCUAGUGUUGUGUUUGCCAUAGCAGGUGAAAAAAAAAAAAAAAAAGAUCCUGUGCUUCCAGCUCAUAUUUUUGUAUUGUGUUCAAAGACCCUAAACCAGCAGCACGCAUUGCUUUACUGGACCGCUUCAUUGGAGGGGAAAACUCUUCUUGACAUGUCCACACCCCCAAACAUCCCCACGUUCAAGCUGCAAGGCUUCAGUUAGACUCGGUUUUUCUUCACAGCAGAAUGUUGUUGGCCUGCCUGUCCCCUCCAAUGAAGCCAGCUUCUGUGAUGAUGCCUGCUCUGGCACCAGCUGUCACGUUUUGCCGUUUUUGUUUUUUUUUUGUUUUUUUGUUGUUGUUGUUUUUUCCUAAUGUUCAUGUUAGUAUUCUUUAAGAUAGAAGGCACGGAUGGAUUGCAGUCCAUUUCAUUGGUUCACAAAUAAAAGUUUUAAAUUUUGAA